AUGGAACCAAGAAAUAACACCCAAGUUUCAGAAUUUCUCCUUCUGGGACUCUCAGAGGACCCAGAGCUGCAGCCCCUCCUCUACGGGCUCUUCCUCUCCACGUACCUGACCACGGUGCUCGGGAACCUGCUCAUCCUCCUGGCCAUCGUCUCCGACCCCCACCUGCACACGCCCAUGUACUUCUUCCUCUCCAACCUGUCCUUUGUGGACAUCGGCUUCACCUCCACGAGCGUCCCCAGGAUGCUGGUGAACAUCCAGACCCACAGCAAGGCUAUCAGCUACCCAGGCUGCAUCGCCCAGAUGUGCUUUUUAUUGUUCUUUGCAGUCUUAGAUGACUUCAUUCUGGCAGCAAUGGCCUAUGACCGCUUGGUGGCCAUCUGUCACCCCCUGCGCUACAGAGCCAUGACGUGCCCUCGGCGUUGUGUGCUGAUGGUCCUGGUGUCCAGCGUCACCAGCGCCCUGCAUGCCGUGGGGCAGGGCUUCAUGGUGCUGCGGCUGACCUUCUGUGCAGACGUGGAAAUCCCGCACUUCAUCUGUGAGCUUAAUCAAGUGGUCCAUCGUGCCUGCUCUGACACCUUGCUGAAUGACGUGGUGAUCUACUUCGCUGCCGUCUUACUGGCCCUUGGUCCCCUCGCUGGCAUCUUGUAUUCUUACUCCAAGAUUGUCUCCUCCCUUCGUGCCAUCUCUUCAGCCCAGGGGAGGUGUAAAGCCUUUUCCACCUGCGCGUCCCACCUCUCGGUGGUCUCCCUGUUCUACUGCACUGGCAUCGGUGUGUACCUCAGUUCCGCCGUAACACACAACUCACACUCAAUGGUGACAGCCUCCGUGAUGUACACAGUGGUCACCCCCAUGCUGAACCCCUUCAUCUACAGCCUGAGGAAUAAGGACAUCAAGAGAGCCCUAAAACGACUGCUCGGCAGUGAGAGGAGAAAGCCUCUGGCUGAACUAAGACUGGACAAGUGA